GGGCUCGGGGGCGCACCCUCCCGCCGCGCUCAGCCGCGCCCAGCGUCAGCAGGCGCUCUGAGCGGCCACUCCCGGGCCGCGGCCGCGCCGCCCUCCGCCUCAGUGCCAGCCCGCAGCCCGAGCCCGCCGCUCUCCCACGGGCGCAGCCCCUCUGCCCGCGUCCCUCAUGGCCAAGCCCCUGCUGCUGGUCGUCUGCGGCGCUCUGGUGGUGGCCCGGGCCCAGUGGGGGGCCAGCGUGACCCCCGCCGGCACGAGCGAGCCGCCGGACGCGCCGACGGUGGCGCCCACGGAGGACGAGACCCUGCAGAACGAGGCGGACAACCAGGAGAACGUUUUGUCGCAGUUGCUGGGAGACUAUGACAAGGUCAAGGCUGUGUCUGAGGGCUCAGACUGUCAGUGCAAGUGCGUGGUGAGACCCCUGGGCCGAGACGCCUGCCAGAGGGUCAACGAGGGGACCUCCAGGAAGGAAGACUUCUACACCGUGGAAACCAUCACCUCGGGCUCGUCCUGCAAAUGUGCCUGUGUCGCACCCCCGUCGGCCCUCAAUCCCUGUGAGGGAGACUUUCGGCUCCAGAAGCUGCGGGCGGCAGACAGCCGGGACCUGAAGCUUUCCACCAUCAUAGACAUGCUGGAAGGAGCCUUCUAUGGUCUGGAUCUCCUGAAGCUGCAUUCUGUCACUACCAAACUGGUUGGACGGAUGGAUAAACUGGAGGAGGAAGUUUCCAAAAACCUCACCAAGGAAAAUGAGCAAAUCAAAGAAGACAUGGAAGAAAUCCGAACGGAGAUGAACAAGCGGGGGAAAGAGAACUGCUCUAAGAGCCUCCUGGACAGCAUGCCGGACGUCCGCUCGGCCUUGCAGAGGGACGCGGCGGCCGCCUACACCCACCCCGAGUAUGAGGAGCGGUUUCUGCAGGAAGAAACCGUGUCCCAGCAGAUCAACUCCAUCGAGCUCCUGCAGACGCGGCCCCUGGCCCCGCCCGAGGUGGUGAGGCCACAGCGGCCCCUACAGAGGCAGGUCCCCCUGCGGGGCCGGCCGGCCUCCAAGCCCACCGUCAUCCGGGGCAUCACCUACUACAAGGCCAAGGUCCCGGAGGAGGAGAACAACAUCGAAGAGCAGCAAGACGAGUUUUUCAGUGGUGACAACGGAGUGGAUCUGCUGAUUGAAGAUCAGCUUCUGAGACACAACGACCUGCUGACCAGCGCCCCCCGGAGGCCGGUGGCCACCCACCAGGGCACCUCCGGAAUGACCCACAUGCAGACCUCGGCCCCGGCCUCGCCCUCAGAUCCCAGCUCCCCCGACCCCACCCUGUCCCCCUCAGCGACGCGGUUCCCAGACCCGCUCCAGACCUCCUCCGUGAUUCCAGGUCCCACGACGGGGGCAGGCCUGGAACCUUCCACUCACGUACCAGCCACCACCGUGGCCCACACAGCCACCCAGCAGCCUCCGGCCUCGGCUUCUGUGCCAGGGGCCUCUGGGGACGCAUUUCCCGAGGCUCCACCCACGGCCCUGGUGCCUCCCACCACAGUCCAGACAGACCCGCUGGGGAGAGACGCUGCCAUGGGGCAGGGCGGGGCCUCCGCCAGCCCCACCCUGAGCCCGGAGGAGGAGGAUGACAUCCGGAAUGUCAUAGGAAGGUGCAAGGACACCCUGUCCACCAUCACGGGGCCGAUCACCCAGAACACGUACGGGCGGAACGAAGGGGCCUGGAUGAAGGACCCCCUGGCCAAGGAUGAGCGGAUUUACGUCACCAACUAUUACUAUGGCAACACGCUGGUGGAGUUCCGCAACUUGGAGAACUUCAAACAGGGUCGCUGGAGCAACUCCUACAAGCUGCCCUACAGCUGGAUCGGCACGGGUCACGUGGUAUACGGCGGCGCCUUCUACUACAACCGCGCCUUCACCCGCAACAUCAUCAAGUACGACCUGAAGCAGCGCUUCGUGGCGGCCUGGGCCAUGCUCCACGACGUGGCCUACGAGGAGGCCACGCCCUGGCGGUGGCAGGGCCACUCGGACGUGGACUUCGCCGUGGACGAGAACGGCCUGUGGCUCAUCUACCCGGCCCUGGACGAGGAGGGCUUCAGCCAGGAGGUGAUCGUGCUGAGCAAGCUCAACGCCGCGGACCUGAGCACGCAGAAGGAGACCACGUGGCGCACGGGGCUGCGGCGGCACUUGUACGGCAACUGCUUCGUCAUCUGCGGGGUGCUGUACGCCGUGGACAGCCACAACCAGCGCAACGCCAACAUCUCCUACGCCUUCGACACCCACACCAACACGCAGAUCGUGCCCCGGCUGCUGUUCGAGAACGAGUAUUCGUACACCACCCAGAUAGACUACAACCCCAAGGACCGCCUGCUCUACGCCUGGGACAAUGGGCACCAGGUCACCUACCACGUCAUCUUCGCCUACUGACGCCCGUCCCCACGUGCGGAAGUGCAGAGGGGCCCCCGGCGCCUUGUGUGCGUGCGUGCGCGUGUGUGUGGGUGGGUGUGUGUGGUUUAAAAAAUAUAUAAUAUUUUGUAUAAUAUUGCAGUUGUAAAAUGACAGUUUGGGUCUAUUUUUUUUAAGUGGAUUGUAGAUCAAUCCAUACACGUAUGUGCUGGUCUCAUCCUCCACGGUUUAUAUUUUUGUGCAAAUGAACUUCUCCUUCUGACCAGGAACCACCUUCCUUCAAACCCUCAGCCCCUCCAGCUCCCGGAUCUCGGCCGUUGGAAAGGUUUCUCCAUCCGGGUCUUGCAGGCCGAAGGCCCCAGGAGCAGGGGUGAAGGAGGCGAGAAAGAAGCGUUAAGGGGCGGGAAAAUUUUUAUUAUUGGAGAAGUUUUAAAAACCCAGAAAAAUGCUUUUUUUUUUUUUUUUUUUU